AUGGAAGUGGGGGAGUACUACUACAUUCAAGGCCUCAACGCCAGCUGUCCCGCCACCGUCGCGGCCUACGUUAGCCGCUACAUCAGCAAUCGCCGGGCUGAAGUGUGUCUUGCCUACUUGCUCCCCUUUCCCUCCCCCUCUUCAACACAAUGCUCUGCCAGAGCCCCAAGCAUCACGGCUCGACCGGCGACCCGUUCGAGUCUGCCCAGACUGCCCCUCAUGCCCUUCAAUCCUUCAUGCGCGCGGAUAACCCAACAGAAUGGAUCUCAGGUCAAGGCGAGGCGCUGCACCAUUUGCUGCUAUGACAUGUUUGCUGGUCGAGACAUUCGAAUCCAAGUGGAAUUUCCUGGAGGACUCACCAGUAUUCGUGAUGCAGACUGGGGUCGCGCCUGCGUAUCCAGCACGGCACGAGCCCUGCACUGUCUGCAUGCCGAUCUUGAUGAAGCACCGCCCUGGAGCUCGCUCCUCGUUCGCAACCCCUUGCAUGACAGCAUGUUUGCCUCUGCUGUUUGUAAAGCCCUUCGCAAGGUCAUUUGCGAUGCCAAAGGGCUUCGUUCCUCUCUGUACUGUCUUCGAGCGGCCUGUCCCCUGCUCCACAAUGCCGUUUUCCAGUUGAUUUUUGACGGCCUGUUGGCUUUUCAACAUUUGUCCGAGGCGGAGGCACUGUGUCGACACCUCUCCAGCUUGGAUGUCGAAGGCGAGGCCUGGGCCAUUGAAGCUUCCCUCGCUGUUGAAAGCUCUGCGGCUCGCCAGAUGUAUGACGAGCGCAUGAAAGCAGCCCUCUUGCGCGCCACAAAAGCUGCAGUUCUGUCGCAGCUGAACAGCGCCCCGAUUCUAGCACUACAAAGCAGGUUGCUGUGCCAGCAGGAUCAUCCAAUGGCUGCCAUUGCCACGGCCCGGCGUGCGUACUUUUUGGGCAGCGGUCACCUUCAAUUUGUGUUUCCACUGUGUGAGGCCUACAUGAGCGCGGGAUGGUUUCGCCACUGUUUGGCUGCGCUCAACACCGUCACACCAGGCGUCCUGCUCCGCUCGUCACCACCCGCCAGCCGCACAUCAUUACACGCGAUUAUCUACCAAAACUGGAUGGCUGAAGCUCGAAAGCCCCAUCGCUCAACAGUCAAGGUUCCGUUCCAGGAUGAUCGACACUUGGGCUCGCUUCGAGGUGACAGUCUACCCCUGGCUCUGCGGCCCCUCUAUGAGCUACUCUACCGUCUGAUGCGUGCUGUCAAGGGCUGGGAGGCGCUGCUCAGGCUUCGGUCUCAGGUUUUUGUGCACCACAAGCCCCGGCGCUCCCCUCGCGCCCCACGCUCCGUGGUGAUUGAAGAAGCUGAGACCCAACGAAGUGCGAGCCGAAAACCCAGCUUUGUCACGGUGUCAGAGACCUCAAGUGUGUCUCGAGCGAACGGAGCUGGAGACACCAGUGAUAUUGAGAGCGUGCUCGGUGAUGGCUCCGUGUGGAGUGGAGCGGACGGUGAUCACGCUGCCGAGCCCAUCGUGGCCGAGCGGCCCGUCCACCUUUGGCUCGAGAACCUCUUCAACUUUCUGCUCGACGACCUCGACGCCAUGACCACGCACUUGCCUCGCGGCGGUCGGGAUGCCUUUAUCAAUCCCAAGGAAAAAACCAAACUCGAUUGGUAUCAUCUCGGACGAUUGUGCCAGCGCAUGGAUGAGCCACGCUUGGCAUACCAGUGUUUUGAGGAGUGCCAGGCCUUUUGCAAGGAGAAAUCCAGUUUGCGCCUCAAAGCCACCCUACACCUUCUUGCUUUGGAUGCACACGCUGGCAACAUUGAGGGCUUCAGCCGAGUUCUGGCCGACCUGGGUCGCAUGACUUCGGAAGCAGCCGGUGACUGGCGCUCCGGCCUGGCACGAGACCGGGCUUGCACGGCCGUGUUGCAUCUCGCUGCCAAAACCAGCCCCACCCGAGUGUUGGCUCAGCUCAAGUCGUUGCUCAACGACAGUCAAGACCAGGUCGAUGAUCUUCUUGAUGAUGUCAUGACGUGCUUGAUUCGCAAGUCGUCCUCGCACUCGGUGUAG